AAACUCGAUCGAACCCACGACAUAAUCAAAGGUCAUCACAAUGCAAUCCUUUCAACACCAACACUCGCAUCCACCCCACAAUGCAUUAAUCUCCGUUGAAUCCUCCAUCCAGAAUCUCAUGAAGAAUUGGCUCAGGAGGCAGAGAUGGCACCGCCUCUUCUUGAUAAAUUCCAGUACCAGAGAGCAGCAGGAGGACAGCGCAAACAGAGCUCCAUGGAGAACCCACUUGGCCAAUUUCCUCGAAUCCCCCGGGCUUCGUGUCAUCACCAUGGCUCUUCUCCUUCUCGACAUCAUCAUAACCAUCCUCGAGCUUUCGUCCUCUUUACACCGUUCAUGUCCGCGCACGAAGAGCAGGAUAGAAACUGAAACUUGGCUCCACUGGUUGGGCAUUGCAAUCUUGAGCCUGCUCUCGGCGAAAACCAUGGCGCUGGCGGUGGGGCUCGGCGCCUUGUUCUUUAGGCGGCCGGGUUAUGUCUUGGACGGUGUGGGGGUGGUGGCAGCACUGGCGUUGGAGGCAUUGUUGGAGACGGAUGGAGGAGGAUUGCUGUUGGUGGUGAGCUUGUGGCGCAUGGUGAGGGUGGUGGAGAGCGCGUUUGAGCUAAGUGAUGAGGCCAUCGAGGCGCAGAUUGAAGGGAUAGUAAUGCAGUUUGAGGCGCUCCGGGAGGAGAAUAGGAGACUUUCGAGGAUCGUAGCCCAGAAGGAUGCGGUAAUAAAGAUGCUACAAGAAGAACUCAACCGAUAUCAACAUCAUGAAUCGGGAUUGACAUCCUCCUCUUCGGUACCCACUUGAAUGGAUGCCAUGACGGUAGAAUUUAAAGUACUAGCUAUAUUGGGGUAUUGAAGGAAUAGGAAAAAAAUUAAAUUCCUGUGUUAAUUGGUGUUUGGGAUAUGAAUUUGAUUUGGAUUUAUGUGAAUUUUAAAGAAAUUCAAUACAAUUUUACCUUACUUUUUAUUGAAA